AUGCGGCAAAUUCCUAAAAGAAUUGUGAACAAGUGUGGAGAUACUUUAUCAACUCCAGUCUUUCUUAAGCUUCCAUGUGGUUCACAAUGGAAAUUAGGACUUUUGAAAAAUAGGCUUAAAAUGUACAAGGGUUGGACAGAUUUUUCAAAGAAUUAUUCUCUUGGCCGUGGGGAUUUGUUGGUUUUUGAAUAUGAAGGGAAUUCUCAAUUCCAUGUUUUCAUAUUUGACAAAAGCACCACAGAGAUAGAUUAUCCGUCUAGUUCCAACCGUUCUGAGAAACAGCAUGAUAUUGAC